CAGAAGGUCAAGCUGCAAGAUCCAGAGUCUAGAGCCCCAAUGGCCUCUCGCUCAAUGGCUCUCUCUCUCAUCCCCUGGAUUCUGGUAGCUCUCCUCUCACUGAAUCUGCCAUUAUCAGAUGGUGAUGAUGAGAAGCAAUGGUGCAUUGCAGAUCCACAGACGACAGAUGAGCAGCUGCAGGGGGCCAUGAACUGGGCUUGUGGCACAGGUGGGGUUAACUGCACCAAGAUCCAGCCAGGAGGCGAAUGCUAUGAUCCCAACAUAGUGGUAGACCAUGCUUCUUAUGUUUUUAAUGAUUAUUGGCAAAGGUUCAAGAACCAGGGUGCCUACUGCUAUUUCAAUGCGGUUGCCUUGAACACCGGGGAGGACCCAAGUGAGCAAACACACUCUCCACAAAAAAAGUCAUGGCUCCUGCAAGUUCGAGUGUCUUCCAUGAUCCCUCUGUAAUUUCUUAUAUUUCUCCUCUUAAGGCAUCAGUCAAUUUUAUCAAAAACGUAUCACAAAUAAAUGUUUUGAGGUCAUGUUUGGAAUGUUUCGGCAAUGGGAGGAACAAAAAUUAUUCCAAUUCUUCAUUACUCAAUACAAAAUUCUUCCUUAAUAUCCAUUUUAUCAAGAUGUAUUUCUCGUGCACAUUAGAAUUCCUCUCAAUUUUUUCCCACAAUUUGUGAUGGAUCAGAUAAAGAUGACCAUUUUUUCUUGUGUGACGUAAAUUUCUAAAUAAGCGUGACUGAGUGAAAGAGAAGAUUCCACUACCUGACAAUUAGCUACCA